UCAUAACAAUAGAAUAAAAUUUGGGACUAUAAAAAUUAGUCGAAGAAAACAUGGACAAUGGUUAUAACCAUUCAAUAUAAUAAUUUAUUCUAUUCUGCUUGUUCAUUCACUGUCUUUUUCCAGCCUUACACUUGGAAGAAAUUAAGCAAUAAUGUCAGAUUAUCUUCCUGAAGCAUUGGUGCUGCAAAUACUGUAUCGCCUACCACCCACAACCCUUGUGAAAUGCACCUCAGUGUGCAAAGCAUGGAAUAAAAUCAUAAGAAGUCACGACUUCAUAUCCUCCCAUCUCCUACACUCUCUCUCCAACCACACUCUUUCUCUCCUCUUCCCACACUACAUUUUUUAUAACUUUAACGAGCUACGCUUCCGUUCCUCCGGCACCAUUAAUACCAGAAACGACUUUCACACAAUUGCAAAACUGUGCUACUCAUUCCAUGUUGUAAAUACUGUUAAUGGUGUCAUUUGUCUUUCUCGUAACAGAUCAAGCCACACAUCCUACACCGAUCUUGUCAUCUUAUGGAACCCUUUUAUUCGAAGACACAUCCAACUUCCAACACCCUAUUUCGCUUUCAAAACGUUGCUGUGUAGCUAUUACCAGCUUCCUUCUAUGUUCUUUGUCGGGUUUGGGUUCGACUCCAAAACAAAUGACUACAAGGUGGUCAGAAUUUGUUAUCUCAAAUACUAUGAAAAUAACGAUCCUCCUUUGGUAGAGUUGUAUUCCCUCAACGAGGGGGCUUCGAGGAUCAUUGAGACUUCCUCUAUUGAUGUAAGAAUAGAGAGCCGUCUGUUGUCUCAAUGUUUUUUACAUGGGAAUGUGCAUUGGAUUGCCUUCGAGAAUCACAUGCGUGAACUACAUUUUCAAUAUUGUGUGCUCAUAUUCAAUGUGGAGGAGGAGAAUUUCAAGAAAAUAAGGCUUCCAAUAGAGUUGAGUACAUUACGUUCACAUGAUGACUUGACCAUUUCUGUGAUCAAUGGUUGUCUAUCAGUUAUACAUUAUGCUUGUGACCGCGAACGAGCAACCCAUACGGUUUUUAACAUAUGGAUGAAGAGAGAGCCAGAGUUAUGGAAUAAGAUGUACAAAGUUAAUUAUUUUCAAACAGUAUUUGAUAGUGUUUCAUUGGCAUCAAGUACAAGUGAUGAGAUUUUUGAGUUUCCAUUGUGUGGACAAUUUGUUCCUUUGGGCUUGGUUGAAUAUGACAGAGAAGAGAUUACCAAACUCCGAAUUCAAAGUAGAGCAUACCAUUUAUUUUUCAAUGAAUACACACCAAGCUUGGUUUUGUUUAAUAGAGAAAAUGGUCCAAUUUGGUGCCCUAUUAGUAAGAGAUGUGCAGAGCGGGCACACGAUGAAGAAUUAGAAGAAUUGAAUUUGAAUAAGGAUUUGUUGAGAGUCGAAUUCAUUUCAGAGAAGUAUUAAUUUGAUUACGGAACUCGAUUCUAAUUCUGAAUGUAAUGUUUUCGUUGUUAGAUUCUACAUAUGUAUCUGGUAUUUAGAAUCAACUAGUUUGCAACCCGUUCGUAUGCCCGGGUUGUUUGAUUUUUUUAUUCAAUCAGUAUUGUAAUUUUUUAUU